GGCAGCGGCAGAGCAUCAUCAUCAUCAUCCUCGGCAGGCCGCACCGGGACUCUCUCCACCGGACUUGAACCCGAGCUCAGCACCGUUUCCCCGCGCCGAAGUGCCUUAACAGCGGAGAAGAAGAUGGGCCACGGAGACCUGAUGAGCCAGGCGGAGGACGUAGCGGACCAGUUCCUCCGGGUCACCAAACACUACCUCCCCCAUGUGGCCCGGCUCUGUCUGGUCAGCACCUUCCUGGAGGACGGGGUCAGGAUGUGGUUUCAGUGGGGGGAGCAGAGCGAGUACAUCGACUCCACCUGGAGCUGCGGACGCUUCCUCGCCAACGUCUUCGUCCUGCUCAACCUGCUGGGACAGCUGGGUGGCUGCGUGCUGAUCCUCAGCAGGAACUUUGUUCAGAACGCCUGCUUCGCUCUGUUCGGGAUCAUCGCCCUGCAGACGGUGGCCUACAACAUCCUGUGGGACCUCAAGUUCUUAAUGAGGAACCUGGCGCUGGGGGGAGGUCUGCUCCUCCUCCUGGCCGAGUGCAGGGGGGAGGCUCGCAGCGUGUUUGCGGGAGUCCCCUCCCUCGGCCAUCAGAGUUCUCCGAAGCACCUCCUGCAGCUGGGAGGUCGAGUCCUCCUGGUCCUCAUGUUCAUGACGCUGCUGCACUUUGACCUGAGCCUGUUCAGUAUCCUGCAGAACCUGGUGGGUACGGCGCUGAUGGUCCUGGUGGCGGUGGGAUUUAAGACCAAGCUGGCGGCUCUGACUCUGGUGGCCUGGCUGCUCUGCAUCAACUUCACCUUCAACGCCUUCUGGACCGUCCCCUCAUACAAACCCAUGCACGACUUCCUCAAGUACGACUUCUUCCAGACCACGUCGGUGAUCGGAGGCCUGCUGCUGGUGGUGGCCCUGGGGCCCGGGGGGGUCUCUAUGGAUGAGAAGAAGAAGGAGUGGUGA